UUUCUUAGCAAUACACGUUUAUAAUUAUAGUGGGCUGGCAGUGCUAAUUGAACUAAAAUAUUGUAACAAAUUCUUUCGUACUCGAAUUCCUGUAACAAAAUAAUCUCUACAAAUCCCUCUAGGUAUCUCUAGUGAAGGAGGCGAUAGAAGAUCAAGGAAAAAUAGACAAGGGCAACUGAUCAGGCAGUUAUCAUGAAACGACCUGUCAAAAAGACGAUCAGACGUCAAAAACGUGCGAAUGUGAAAUCGAAACAGGUUUCUUUUCGUUCCUUAGCAGCAUAUGGGUUUAAUUGUUCGUUCCUUGCGCGUGUCGGAUGAAUGGGCCAUCAGUUAUCCGAGACAGCGAUAAUGCUGGCGUACAACAGCAUAAACUGUUCGUCAUUUUUGGAUGUGGAAAUAUAAAGAUAGCGCAAAGUCCUAGAGGAGAGGGUAUUUUAAAGACAGGAACGUGCAGAAGAUCGAAACGAGGACAAGCAUUAGAUUUACAAGAAAACUGAACAAGGAUUUGGUUAAACAUUUCUAUUGAAAAUCUUACGGGUUUAAUGGGUUCGUAAAUAAAACUAAAAAGUAGGUCUUUUUAAGCUCUAUCUUAUAAGACUAGUAGCACAUAAAAAACAGGGACUAUAAGGGUAUCGCGUCUUAUCAAAAAAGUAUAAAAGACUAACGUGAAAAAACGUUGGGCGAAAGUGGGUUCAGCUAUGAUCUUUUUAUUUGAGCUUCGGCAACCCAAAAACACUCGAGCACGUCUAGCUUGGUUGUGACAAAGUGGUUUCUAUUUGACCCCACGAAUAUUUCAUCGUUCAACACCAUGCUCAAGUUGAGAAACUCGAGUGGUGGAAUGGCGUUGUAGAAACAGAGCCGUGAGUGAACUUGGUUGCGUUUGCUGAAACUCAGCAACAGAAACCCCGUGAGACCGACGUACGGUUCUGUGCGCUCGAAGACAGUGAAAUGUAGUAACGGCAACGUUGCGUACGUCAAUCCUCUGUCAUGGAGCUGGAGUCGUACAGCUAUUGAAUUUGUUCGUGAAAAUAAAGCUGUUUUAAAGGGAAUUUCUACGUUAAAUUGGAUUUGUUUUGUGUAACUUGGUGAUUUUCAACCUCAUCUAUCGUGGCAGCUUUUCGCCAAACGUCGGCCUCGACCAGGCUGCGAAAUAUUCAAUUGCGGUGGACCUUGCGAGUCGCAUUCUUUGGAGGAUCAACGUUGGACGGUCCAUUUGGAUCGGGACCUUCUCCAUUUUCUCCACUCCAUUUAUCCGGAUUGGUUUGAGGACCGGAUGAACAACGAAAUGUUGUCAGAGCACGAGGGAGGUAGUGGCAAGUCGGAAGACUCCUCCUCAUCCGAUUCCGACUCGCCGUCGCCACCGUCGUCACCGCCCAGGGUGGACGACUCGCCGCUCCAGAAAUGCAUGGAUCGCAACAAGCAAUCCCUGAAGGUGAAGCUGAUGAUGAGACGGCCCUACAUGCAAUUAGUGGACCAAGGAAUUAUGCCGCCAUUAAAAAUUCCAGCUUCGUUCCACGAACAACGACAGAAACUACAGCGGGCUAAAAUGGGUGACCUGCUUAAGCACAAGAUUCAACACAGACCGGACAGGACUGAGCUCAUCCGCCAACACAUCCUCGAAGCUGAUACAGGCAAAGUGGAUCCAUCGUUGGCUGAGCGUCAGCGUAUGCUGAAACGGGCCCGAUUGGCUGAUUCGCUCAACGACCAAUUGUCUCAUCGGCCUGGGCCGCUGGAAUUGAUCCAGAAAAACAUCCUUCACACAGAUGAAAAUGUUGAACGAGCUGUCAAAGAGGGCCAGAUUUCUUUUCGGGCGACUUGUGAAGGUUCAGCUAUCCGACCGUCGCAUCCCAUUCGCUACGUCACGCCCGAAGGCGACGAUAGCAGUUCAGAGGGUGCAUUGUCGCCCAGCCAGGACGGAUCGUUGGAUGGAUGCCUAAGCAAUGGAGGUAUGACAGGCGUUAGUGGCUCAAGUACGACAGCAGGAGCUUCUUCAAGCCCUGCGACAGUAGCAUCAAGCCCUGGAUCGCUCAGCUCUGUUGCGUCACCGGCCACAUCAUUGGUGGUGGCGCCAUCUCCACCUCCUCCUCCGCCCAUGCCUACUCCGCAACCGCAGAAGAAAGUAGAGCAAUCCGCUACUGUCCCUCCACCACCGCCUCCUCCUCUUCCAGUUGUGCCUUCUUCCUCAAGCUCAUUGCCCGUAGUAAUCAAAACCGCUGUGGACAUCUCGAAGAACCGUAACAGGAAGAAGUCGAAACAAAAAUGUCCGCCCAAGCCGCGCACCAUCAAAUUCCACGAAUACAAAGGCCCACCAAAUGCACAGAAACUGCAGCCGGCCGUCCCGUCCGAUGUGGAAUCAUCUUACGAGCUUCUUUUACAGCAACAGCAGUUGUUCCUUCAGUGGCAGCUGGAAUGGCAACACAAGUACCCGCAAAUCAUCUUGCCGGCCAAAGCGCCCUGUAGUAGUCCGUCGGCUCAUAACGCCGCCGCAACAACUGAAGAUGCAGCCAACAAUUUGACGGCCGCCCUUUUGUCUGCCUCUCUACCGUCGUCGACCUGUUCUACCACAGCGGCUCCUUCACCGGCUCCUAGUACACAGAGCGAAUCCAUGGCUUCCGUCAUGUCCGCCACGCCAAGCAACACGACACGGAUCACUGUCCGUCUAGAAGAGAUGAAAGUUAGCGAUUUAAAAGCUGAAUUGAAGAAGCGUAACUUGCCCGUGUCCGGAUCAAAACCGCAACUGAUUGAUCGACUCCGGCCGUUUGUCGGUGAAGACGCAACACUAACAGCUAGCCGAUCUUUAUCUCGGCGCGGAUCGCAAAGCCAAUUGCAACAACAGCCACAGCCAGCUGCGCAAAUGUUGAUGGCCGACGAUGUGGGUCCUAUGCCAUCACCUCCGACCAGCAACGCUUCCCGCCGUGUCUCUUGCAGCAGCUUGGACGGAAGCAUUAGUAGUUUCCGGGCGGGCAGUAGCGACAUGGUCCUUCCCUCUCUUUCACCGACCAGCUCAGCAGCAUCGUAUUCAAUGUCUCCCAGUCCUUGUUCCGUCCGUCCUCCUUCCGUCAUCAACAUGGAUAUGGAUAUUGAAAUGAACGAUGCCUCUUCCAACACGCUGGAUGCAACAGAAAUCAAACUGGAAGCUCCGCCUACACCUCCGCCACUUCCGUCACAGCAACAGCCAGUCGAACAACAAAUUGAAGACUUGGUGCGCGGCUUGCAAGAGGAGCAGCGCCUGUUGGUGGAACAACAGCAACUGCUUAGACAACAAGCGGCCGCGUCGGCUCACGAAGAAGCUCAACAAGUUGCCAAUGUGGCAACGUCCAACGAUCCAAAGUCGCAGCAAAAGUUUCUGUUGCAGCAACACCUACAGCUCAAGAUGCAGCAGCAGCAGAUUCAAGUGCAAUUGGAACAAUUGCAACAAAUUCAGCAGCAAGGACCUCCAAGUUCUCCGGCGUCAUCGGGCAGAUCCACAUCGAGCCGGAUGGCGGCCCGAGCCAACCGGAACGCGGCCAAAUUGCAAACGUCCCGUAACAAUGCAGCAGCGUCGUCACAAUCCUCUGGCGAGGUGCCAGAAUUCGCAUCGCCUUCACCUUGUGAACCAUCGUCCGAGCCAUGCCAUCCUCGGAGACCUCCUCCGCCCAACUACAGUGAAGCAUCCCGCAUGCUCCAGCAGCCGAGCAACAAUACGUCGGCUGGAAAACCUCGCGUUUCCAUCAAAUCGCAGUUGGUGGACGACGUGCUGGAUAUACUAAUCCGCAACGGUGAGCUGCCUCCUAGUGCGGCUCACGAUCCAAUAACACCAACGACUCCUCGUGAUCCUCCGCCCAUGCCUCCGCCACUCCCAUCUCAUUUGUUGACCAAACAGCCACAGGCGCUUUCACAUCCAGCCGUAUCGGCCACAGAGAUCAAGUUUCCCUAUAUAGACAUCAACGAGCUUGGCCUCAAUCUCGACCUAGAUUCACUGGGUGAGGCCAUGGAGUUGGGUGUCUACGAAAACCAUUCGACAGGGCCGACCGUCACGCCUUCGUCAUCAUCGGCCGCUGAUGGACGCAAUGACGAAGUGACGGCCAUGGAGAUGGAUGUCUCCGAUUGGCUCGAUACGCUAUUGCCACCGUUAAACGGUUCUCCAUCGCUGCCGCUGUCUUCAAACUCGUCUGUGGCCUCGUCGACGUCGUCGUCCACUUCGGGAUUCUCCAGUUUGGGUUCCGAUCAGCAUCCGUACUUGCUGCAACAGCCGUCGUCGCAUCAGAGCUUUUCGCACACGUCAAACCAGUUGAAUCAGUUGAAUCAACCGAUGCAGACGCUGUCGCAUCAACAGAUAUCAGGCGAUCCGCUCUUUUCCAGUUUGUCUUCCGAUCCCUACACGGAUCUCUUUGCACUGGAAGAUACUGACAUGAAAUUGCCGGGAUUGGGUAACACCCUUUCAUGGGAUAGGCUAGACUUUACAGCCUGAUAAUUAUUAUUGUUAUUUCUAUUCUCACCCUCCCUCUCAAAAUCAAACCAUUCAUCUUGUCUACACACACACACGCAAUCUUCUCCUGCGCCAGACCAGUAGCUCAUUGAAAUUCACCGCUACCUUGCCUAUAAUUGAUUGUUACUUUCUUUUCAUUUCUGGCCAUAUAGUACUACAAUGAUAGAUUUGUUUCGGUCUCUCACAAGCGAUGGAAGAAAGUGAGAGUUACAGCCUUGAAAACCAGGGUAACGAGACAACAAAUGAUUUUGGUUGUCCUACCAGUGUGUGGUUUUUGCGGUUUCCCAUCAUCCUGUCAGGUUAAAAAAAAAUAAUAAAAAUUUAAUAAAUCUUGGUGUGUGCGUGUGUCGAUCGAACACACGAUAUUAUUAUUAUUUUUAAUUUUUCAAACUUACAGAAUAUGCAUUCGAGCCCACCAAUUCAUAAUAUUAUUUCUUUAGUUUUCCAACAUUCCACAAUAUCCAGAUGAAUUUUUUUUUCUUUCCCUUUUGCCGUGACUCUUAUUUGUUCCCUUUUUAGAUGUGAGGAUUUCUUUUUCCCUUGUCGCCCUCUUAUUAUUUUCAAAGUUUGUUAUUUUGAUAAGAUGGGAAGGAAUUAACCACCCGGUUGGGUUCCUUUUUUUUUUAAAUAAUUAUUAUUCAAAAGAUCCUCCACAGCAGACAGAGUGCGGUUAGUUAACUCUUUUGUAUUCAGUGGAUCAAUAACAGAGACAAAAUGGAGAAACAAAAAAUGGAUUGAGUAACACGUAGAAGAAGAACGUCGCCACCCGAUUAUUUACCAAUGGAGAAAUAGAGGAAAUGAUCUCCUCCUUCUCUAUAUGUAUUGACCAGUCUUAUAGUGAAGUUGACCAGUGUCCCAUCCCUUCUCCUUUAAAAAGCUUGUGUUUGUUUUUCUUCGUUUUUUGUUUUUGUUGUACGAGAUAUAUGUGUUCGCUCGCUCCCGCGUUCUUUAACGUUUAUGCCUUGGCUUGGUUGUUUGUGUUAUUAUUAUUAUUCAAUAUCCUCCACCCACAUUAGGGCUUCGUGAAAUCGAUGUUCCUUAAAAAAAAGAAAAAUGAAAAAAAAAAAAAAAAUACGAGGAAAAACGCUUAGCAAUUUGGGAAAGUCUCAGAAUGCGUGAAUUGUUUAGAUUGUCUCUAAUGAAGCGUGCUCGUGUCUUGAUCAGAUGGCCACUAAUUUGAUGAAAAGAAAAUGUAAUUCUUUAUUGUUUUCCAUGUCAAAGCUUCCGAUAUUGCGAUUAUAAUUGCUACUAAAAGCGAUUUAUUGCGUGCCUCUCCCCUGCCUCUCUUUCUCUCUAUUCGUUUGAACGCGUGUAAAGUUUAAAAAUAAUGACGAUUAGAAUGCUGCGUACGUGUUAUUAAUCGAUACAACCUGUCUACAUAAUAACUGCCUCUCGUCUUUUUCUUCCUCGAUUGAAUUCUUUUGUUCUUCUUUUCCUCCUAUUUUUUUGUUUGUUUGUGUAAAGUUAUGCGAUUGGUGUUAAAACCAGAAAGAAUGUGCUUUAUUACCUCCUCGCUCUUCUCUUUCGCUGAUACGCUGGUGAAUUGUGAAAAUUCUUUAAUGUAAAUAUGCAACACUGCAAAAAAAAAAAAAAUGGAAAGAAAAGAAAAAAAAGAACGUUCUAUUGUCCAAAUAA